UGAAGAUGAUGAUGAUGAUGAUGAUGAUGAUGAUGAUGAUGAUGAUGAUGAUGAUGAUGAUGAUGAUGAUGAUGAUGAUGAUGAUGAUGAUGAUGAUGAUGAUGAUGAUGAUGAUGAUGAUGAUGAUGAUGAUGAUGAUGAUGAUGAUGAUGAUGAUGAUGAUGAUGAUGAUGAUGAUGAUGAUGAUGAUGAUGAUGAUGAUGAUGAUGAUGAUGAUGAUGAUGAUGAUGAUGAUGAUGAUGAUGAUGAUGAUGAUGAUGAUGAUGAUGAUGAUGAUGAUGAUGAUGAUGAUGAUGAUGAUGAUGAUGAUGAUGAUGAUGAUGAUGAUGAUGAUGAUGAUGAUGAUGAUGAUGAUGAUGAUGAUGAUGAUGAUGAUGAUGAUGAUGAUGAUGAUGAUGAUGAUGAUGAUGAUGAUGAUGAUGAUGAUGAUGAUGAUGAUGAUGAUGAUGAUGAUGAUGAUGAUGAUGAUGAUGAUGAUGAUGAUGAUGAUGAUGAUGAUGAUGAUGAUGAUGAUGAUGAUGAUGAUGAUGAUGAUGAUGAUGAUGAUGAUGAUGAUGAUGAUGAUGAUGAUGAUGAUGAUGAUGAUGAUGAUGAUGAUGAUGAUGAUGAUGAUGAUGAUGAUGAUGAUGAUGAUGAUGAUGAUGUAAAGUGUUCAUAG